UAAGAGAACAUAGGAAAAAGAGAAGAAGAAAAAGAAAUCACUAGAGGGAGAUGAAAGAAGAGAAGGGGAAGGGAAGAGUAUGUGUAACAGGAGGAAGUGGUUAUCUAGGAUCAUGGAUGGUUAUGAGGCUUCUUCAACUUGGUUAUUCUGUUAACACCACUGUUAGGUCUCACCCAGAUUGCAAGAGGGAUGUGAGCUACCUCACAAAUCUUCCAGGUGCACCAGAAAGGCUGCGUAUUUUUAAAGCUGAUCUAGACAAACCAGAGAGUUUCAAUCCAGCGAUUGAAGGCUGCAUUGGUGUUUUUCAUGCUGCACAUCAAAUUGAUUUUGAGAACAAAGAAAGCGAAGAAACAAUAACACAACAAUCGAUUAAUGGGACUUUAGGUAUUUUACAGGCGUGUCUGAAUUCAAAGACAGUUAAACGUGUCGUGUAUACUUCUAGUGCAGCUACGGUUAUGGUUGAUAGUCCAAGUAUAAUAGAUGAAAACUCAUGGACUAACGUGGAUCUUGUAAGAACCUUAAAGCCUUUCGGAGGUUCUUACGCGAUUAGCAAGACCUUAACGGAAAAGGCAGCUCUGGAAUUUGCAGAAAAAAAUGGAAUUGACUUUGUGACUGUAAUCCCUACCUGGAUACAUGGCCCCUUUAUUACUCCUCAAAUUCCUGGCUCUGUUCGCUCAUCUAUGGAAAUGAUUCUUGGUCAUCAAAAUAAUAGCAUGAAUUAUCCUGCACUAGUACCUUUUGUACAUGUUGAUGAUGUGACAAAUGCUCACAUCUUCCUUCUUGACAAUCCUAACGCGAAAGGGAGGUAUAUCUGCUCAGCUGUUGAAAUAACACGUGAAAAGCUAGCUGAAUUUCUUACAACUAGAUACCCUGAAUUUCAAAAACAAAUUACUGAGUACCGAGGGACAAGCAGUGAAGAGCUUAAAACACCUAGCCUUUCACCAAAAAAGCUUUUGGAGACUGGAUUCAAGUACAAGUAUGGUCUUGAGGAAAUGUUUGAUGGAGCAAUUGAGUGUUGUAAACAAAGAGGCAUACUCUAAUCCCUUUGUUUCCAUGUACUUAUUCACCCGAAUAAUUGGAAUCUUACAUUUUAUUGCUCUUACAUAUUUCGGUGGUUCAAAUGAAUGGACAGAAGUCCAGCAAAUGUAUUUGCAUGGAUAGAGCCUAAAAGAGUCCUCCUGUGUAGAAGUUUUAAUAUUUGUAUCCAAUA